AUGGUCCGCAGAGACAGUGAAAGCAGCUGCUCGAGCCAUGGAAGCCACACCCAUGAGGAUUUCAGCUUGGCUAAUGACAUUGUUGUCACUAAAUACAACGUCGCUGCGGAGAUCGCCAACGCCGUUCUCAAGGCAUUGAUUCGAAAGAUAAUUAUAUUUUACAAAAGUUGAACUUCAGGAAGUGAUCGCCGGCGUAAAGGAAGGAGUUGAGGCUGCUUCACUCUGCGACCUCGGAGAUAAGCUCAUCACUGAAAAGACCGGAAAGAUGUACAAAAAGGAGAAGGGAAUUACUAAGGUGAGUUUUAUAUAGAGUAUGUUUGGAAUUGAGAAUGAUUUUGAUCUUCAGGGUAUUGCCAUGCCGACCUGUGUCUCUGUUGACAACUGCAUCUGUUAUUAUUCACCCCUCCGAUCUGAUCCAGUUCUCACGCUGAAGAACGGUCAAGUCGUCAAGGUUGAACUCGGAGUUCAUAUUGAUGGCUUCAUUGCCACCCUUGCCCACACCGUUGUCGUUGGAGCUUCCAAGGUGUGUGGGAGAAAAUUUUUAUGGAUUUGAUGGAAAGAAACGGGAUUUUGUGUUUUACAUGUCUUUAGAAACAAUUUCAAGCUUUCUCAAAUUUCUACCUUUCCUGAUAGUUUUCUAAAUUUGCUUAAACCUGCUCAUUGUUUUAAUAACUUUUUUGAGUUUGCCUCUGCUUUUAUGGAUACUUAAACCACGAUGUUCAAAAAGAGCAAACCCAAGUUUAAGCUUUGUGAAAAAUUUAGCUUUUUUGUCAGUCUUAAUUGUUUGAGAAAAUUUUCAUAGCUUCAGAAUUUGAACUGCUCUUUUAAUUCAGUCAAUUCGGCCACUCUUUUAAAAUCAUAAAUUGCAGGACAACAAAGUGACCGGAAAGCUUGCCGAUUUGAUCAAGGGAACCUACGAUGCCUUGGAAGUUGCCAUCCGUACCCUUCGAGUUGGAAACAGUAACACUGAAGUCACAAAUGUCAUUGAUAAGGUUUAUCUUACUUUUUUUUUUACAAUUAAAAGCAAUAAAUGAGCAUUUCCAGGUUGCCGCCGAGUACGGAGUUACGCCAAUCGAGAACAUGGUUUCCCACCAACUUGAGAGGAACGAAAUCAGCGGUGAGAAGCAAAUCAUUCAGAAUCCCGGAGAGAAGCAAAAGUCCGAAAUGGAGAAGGUUUGAGGAUGAAUGAAUUUUUUUCACAAUUAAAACAUCAGGUCAACAUCGACAAGCAUGAGGCCUACGCCAUCGACGUUCUUUUCACGACAGGAAAGGGAAAGCCGAAGGAUAUUGACGUCCGAACGACAGUUUUCAAGAAGAACGAGUCGGUGCAAUACCAACUCAAGAUGAAGGCUUCUCGAGUUUUCUUCACCGAGUGCAAUAAAUUGGUAAACAUUGUGCCUUGAACAAACUGGCUUGAGGAAAAAAUUGCUUUUAAUUGUUGAAUUUACAAAACUCCUUGUGCCCCAAGCCAACUUUGUCCAAAAAAAUGUUAUGAAAAAAGUUUAUCAUUUGUUUUUCCAGUACGGAACAAUGCCGUUCUCUCUACGAUCGUUCGGCGAAGAAGUCAAGGCCAAGAUGGGAGUUGUCGAGUGCGAGAAACACGGACUCUUGACACCAUACCCGGUAGGAAAGUUUGAGUAAUCUUUGAUUCAUUUUUGGAAAAAUUCAGGUCUUGUAUGAGAAGGAAGGAGACGUUGUGGCUCAGUUUAAGGCGACCGUUUUGGUCAUGCCAAACGGACUAUUGAAGAUCGCCGGCCUUCCUCUCGAAGCCGACGUUUAUGAGCCCACUGCCACCCUUAAGGUUUGUCUUUUUUUUUUUUUGAUUUUUUAGUUUAUGUAAAGCUUGUAACCUUGAAUCAUCCAUAAAGCCUCCGUAGAACUCUUUUUGUCUUUCCAAAUGUGUUUCUUUUUGUCGAUGAUUUAAGGUUAAUUUCAGCUAAAGGCGGUUCUUGUACAAAAUAUUCCAAAAUUUCAGGACGCCGAACUCGUGAAAACACUCAAGUCGGCCCUGAAGCCGAAGAAGAAGAAGGACGCCAAGAAGGAAGGCGAUGCCAAGGACGAGAAAGCCGCUGAACCUGCCGCAGAGAAGGCGAAAUAG